AUUUUGUGGCUGAAAAGCUGAACCAGCAAUUCAGGAAAUGGAAUCCAAAUCUAGAAACGUACCGCAUACAAAAUCCGAAGUGGGUGGAUUACAAAUGAUUAAGGAAUGCUAAUUUACAGUAAAUUGCGGCCUUGCGACGAGGAAGGGAGCGCGGUCGCCGGAGGCCUGGCCAAGGGCGGGGUGAGGACCGCGCAGACUCAGCUCCUCGGCUCCGGGAGGAAGUUGCGAGCACUGGCGUCUAUGGUCACCAUGGUGACGGGACCGACUUCGGCCCCUCCCACCUGCCCCUCACCCUGCAGGGUGCACCAUGGCAACCAGACCUCUGCAUUGCGGAAGCUGGUCCCGCAGGUCUCCACUGUUGGGGAAACCGCGGCGGACGCCGCCCCCAACCCGAGGGACUCGAAAAUGUACAGCCAGCGAUUUGGCAUCGUACAGCGGGAGGUUAAGGGCCCCACUCCCAAAGUGGUGAUCGUGAGAGCCAAGCCUCCCCAAGUUCAUGGGGCUGAGCAACAUCUGGAAAGAAUCCAACGCAGCCAUCAGAAACAUCAUGAUAUUUUGGCUUCUAUUAAGUCAAAGGAGAGAGAUCGCUUGAAAGUUGAGUGGGACCAGCACAAUGAUCGCAAGUUUGUGGACAGUCUUGUGAAAGCAAGAAUCAAGGAUGCCAUGCAAGGUUUUAUCAUCAACACUGAAGAAAGACGAAAUAAGCUACGUGAACUUUUAGCAGCAGAAGAAAGUGGGUAUUUUACUGAAAUGCAGUUGAAAGAAGAAACAAUUGAGGAGAAAAAAGAUAGAAUGAGAGAUAAAACCAGAUUAUUGAAAGAGAAGAAAGAAAAAGAGAGACAAGAUCUCGUGGCUGAAAAACUAGACCAGCAAUUCAGAGAACGCUGUGAGGAGCUCCGUGCUGAAUUGUUUUGUAUCCAUCAGAAGAAGGUGUGGGAGGAGCGAAAAGCACAGAUAGCUUUCAAUGAGGAGCUGAAAAGGCAGAAACUGGUGGAAGAGCAGAUGUUCUCAAAGCUCUGGGAGGAAGACCGAUUAGCCAAGGAAAAGCGAGAAGCUGAAGAGGCGAGGAGGCAGAAAGAGCUGGUGGAGAACACACGCCUGGGGCUGAAUGCCCAGAUCACCGGCAUCAAAGUGCAAAGGCAGGCUGAGCAGCAGCUGAAGGAAGAGGAGGCACGCUUUGUGGAAAAUAACAAAGCACAGGUGAAACUUGAGAACGAACAGGAUAAGCUAAAGAAACGGAAGACAAAACAGGAAAUUAGAGCUGCUUUGCAAAAAGCCCUCCAAGAGAAGAUAGAACAUACUCAGCAGAAAUACAGAGAAGAGCAGGACUUGAACAUGAAGCUCGUGCAAAGGGCUCUUCACGACUUAGAGGAAGAGGCUGAUAAAAAGAAGCAAAAAAGAGAAGAGAUGGCAAGAGAACAGGAGAUAUAUCGUCAGUAUGUGGCUCAGCGGCGUGAGGAGGAGAGAGCUCAGGAGAAAGAACUGGACAGAGUAUUAGAGGCAGAGAAGGAAAAGAAGUUGGCUGAGGAGGACAAGGAGCUGAGACUUGAAAAGGAGGCGAGGAGACAACUUGUGAAUGAGGUCAUGUGUACAAGAAAACUUCAAGUUCAGGAGAAACUGCAACGAAAGGCAAAAGAACAGGAAGAGCGUGCUAUGGAACAGGAACGCAUAAAUGAAGGUCUUAAAGAGCUUAACCGUGAAGAGAAGGAGAAUUUUGCAAGAUGUGAGGGGGACUUGAUAAAUAGCAAUGUGCUUCCCUGCCCAACUUCUGAAUCAACUGAGAGAGAUGAAAAACAAGUAUGUGUGGAAGGUAUCAUAGCUACCUAUUGGUGCAUAACAGAAUACCCUGCAAUUUGUGCCUUAAGGCGCUCCAGUUUGGCCCAGGAAUACAGGAAGCAACUUCAGAUGCAAAUAUCCUACCAGCAGCAGGCCCGGGAAGCGCAGAAAGCAGAGGAACACCGAGAGUUUGAAGCAGGGGUAGCAGCAAACAAGAUUUGCCAGGACAAGAUCAGGGAGAUCCUGUCCUUCCAUCAGGUGCUGCCCCGAAACAUUCAUCCCAUGCGGAGGGCAUACCCUGAUAAGCUUCCACCAUAGUUUCAUUAAUGUUAAUGUAUUUUUUCUCAGUCUUUUAAUGUUUUUAACUACAGUAUGCUGGUCUGUUCCUUUCAACUCAUGGAUAGACUUCCUUUAUUUCUCUGAGUUUGCAUAAUUCUACAUAAUGUUAUUCCUUCAAAUUAAACUUUUUAGACUUUUAGCCUUUUUUUAGACUUUAUAGACUUACAAAUCUGAAUGAUUUAUUUCAUAUCACAUAGUUACUUUCCUGACUUACCCCCCACACUUCCCUUUCUUGUUCAUUUAUUAAUAGCUACACUUUCUCCCCGCCCAUCCACUCAAACGCCUAUUUCCUCUUGCCUUUCUCUCAUAUACAUAAUUGCCUUGUCUCAUAUACAAAAUUCACUGUAUCAACAGGGCAGAGCUGGGCCUAACAUCUACUUUCAUUAGUCCAUCUAUUUAAAUAUUACACAGAUAUUUACCUUGCAUGUGACUUUAGCAAGAACAGAGCAAACCCCUUGCUUUUGUGGGACUUCUGUCCUGGUGGAGGAAACCAGGCAAUGUGUUAAGUGCUAUAAGAAGGAAAUGGCAAGAGUGCUCGAAGAUCAUUUUGAGCAGCUGAUACUUGAAUGAACCAGCCAUAUGGUUAUCUGGGCAGAUCCCAGCCAGAGGAAACAGCCAGUGCAAGGGCCCUGGGGCAGAAGUCUGAGGCAUAGCAUUUGUGCUAGAGUGGAGUGAGGGAGGAGAGAGUGGUAGAAGAUUAAUCAGAAAGGCAGUGAGGGCUAAAUGAUGUAAGGCCUUGGAGCCAUGGUGAAGACUGGCUUUUACUUGGCUAUGAAAAGCUGUUACAGGAUUUUGAGCAGAAGAGCAACAUAGGAUGUAAGAUGGUUGCUGGCUGCUGUGUUGAGAACAGACUUUGGGGAGACAAAAACAGACUCAGUUAAGGACUGAUCAUAGUAGUCCAGGUGAGAGGUGAGGAUAGCAUGGUAGCCAGCCUCCAAGAUGGUCCCUAUGAUCCUCUCCCCUGUAUCUCUGCCCUUGUGCAAUCCCCUUCCACCCUAAACCAUGGCUGCCCUGUGUGAUCAGUAAGAUACUUACACCCCCUUGCAGACAGUCAAAGUGUUAUAGGUUCUUCUAGAGAGCCUCCUUAAAGGGGAGGGGAGAGAACUUUUGGAACGGCUGAGUAAGGAGCUCUGGAAAUCCUCUUCCCAAAGGGCAAUGAUAAAAUGGGAAACAUUGUCAAAAACAGCCAUUUCAGCACUGGAAAUUGACCAAAGGCAUGCAACAGAUGGAGAAGCAUUUAUUCCAGAAAAUCUACAAAACCUUGGUGAGAACGGUGGGAAUCCAUGGCAUAUUGGCCUGGAGCUACUGCCAUACCCCCUCAGCUAUGUAUUUCCAGAUUUGUGUUAAAACAGGAUGCUCAGAGCUAGAUAAAAACAGCCCAGAAGAGGUCUGCAGAGCCCGAUAGAGUGGGACCACCACCUCCUUUAAUCGGUGCAUUAUACUUCAUUUAAUGCAGUCCAUGUUUGAGUGCCCACCAUCCAAUCACAAUGCAGCAGCAUUGAUGAGCCUCAUGGACAUAAUGAUGAGCAAAAUAAGUCAGACAUAUGCUAUGAGGUUCCACUUAGGAACCUCUACCAGGGCAGGGCAGGUCGUGAGGACCUGCAACCUCACUGCCAGAUUAGGCCGACUUGAUGGGGAGCACCAUUUGGAAAAAUCCAUGCUUGGGGCAUUGUCAAAAUAAUGGUGAUUUUUGUGGCAGUCAGGUAAGAUCAACAUCACAACUAGCCUGAGGUUGUGAUACUGACGGGGACAAGCAGCAGAACAGCCAGAGAUUUACAGGAAAAUCUGGGGAACAUGACAGCCAUGGGCUUUGAUAUUUGAAUGGGCUUCCACAUAUUCUUGGUAGUCUGGAAGUCUGUGUAGACAUAAAGCAACAUGCUUGCUCAUUAAAGAACCUGGGCAGGUCCUAGCAGUCUACCGAUCCUUGGCCAAAUGUGAGGCCUUGCACAUACAGAAAGUAAAAGCUGGGGCAGAUUUGGCCUAAACUUUGAAUGUGUUCCCCAAUCUUCACACAGAUCCACAGCAAAAGGUAAAAGCCUUACUAGCUUAAUCACUCACUGAGCACUAUGCCGAAGGGACAGAGGGCCACCCCUAGGAAGCCAGCCAGCCUUAAAAAUAAAACAGGAAUUUUUUUAAAAAA